ACAGAGCGAGGUCGCCCGCGCUGGGGUAUCAGGAGGACGCGAGCUCACUACCUGACUCCGGACGGCGGCGCAGGACGCCGGCCGCGCGAGGGGCGGGGGCUAAGCGUAUCCAGGGGCGGUGCUGCAGGGCGCGGGAGGCGGGAGAGGCUGCCGCGCCGGUGCCCUGACAGCCGCAGCCCCGCCCCGCCGCGUCCGACCCGGUCCUGUCCCGCAGCGUCCCGCCCGCCAGCUCCUUGCACCCUCCCCGGCCGAGGGGGUCCUCGGUGCUCCCUGCGCAGCCAUGGCUCAGCACUUCUCCCUGGCCGCCUGCGACGUGGUCGGAUUCGACCUGGACCACACUCUGUGUCGCUACAACCUGCCCGAGAGCGCCCCGCUCAUUUAUAAUAGCUUUGCCCAGUUCCUAGUUAAGGAGAAAGGGUACGAUAAGGAAUUGCUCAGUGUGACCCCAGAGGAUUGGGAUUUCUGUUGCAAAGGUUUGGCAUUGGAUCUAGAAGAUGGAAACUUCCUUAAACUUGCAGAUAAUGGCACUGUUCUCAGGGCAAGCCAUGGCACCAAGAUGAUGGCUCCAGAGGUACUGGCAGAGGCAUAUGGCAAGAAAGAAUGGAAGCACUUCUUGUCGGACACUGGAAUGGCUUGCCGCUCAGGAAAGUAUUAUUUUUACGACAACUACUUUGACCUGCCAGGAGCUCUUCUAUGUGCCAGGGUGGUGGACUAUUUAACACAACAGAACAAUGGUCAAAAAACAUUUGAUUUUUGGAAGGAUAUAGUUGCUGCUAUACAACACAAUUAUAAAAUGUCAGCUUUUAAGGAAAACUGUGGAAUAUAUUUUCCAGAAAUAAAAAGAGAUCCAGGCAGAUAUUUACACAGUUGUCCUGAAUCUGUGAAAAAGUGGCUUCGACAGCUAAAAAAUGCUGGGAAAAUUCUUCUGUUAAUUACCAGUUCUCACAGUGAUUACUGUAGACUUCUCUGUGAAUAUAUCCUUGGGAAUGAUUUUACAGACCUUUUUGACGUUGUGAUUACAAAUGCACUGAAGCCUGGUUUCUUCUCCCACUUACCAAGUCAGAGACCUUUCCGGACGCUCGAGAAUGAUGAGGAGCAGGAGGCGCUGCCAUCUCUGGAUAAACCUGGCUGGUACUCCCAAGGGAACGCUGUCCACCUCUAUGAACUUCUGAAGAAAAUGACUGGCAAACCUGAACCCAAGGUUGUUUAUUUUGGUGACAGCAUGCAUUCAGACAUUUUCCCAGCUCGUCACUAUAGUAAUUGGGAGACAGUCCUCAUCCUGGAAGAACUCAGAGGGGAUGAAGGCGCGAGGAGUCAGAGGCCUGAGGAGUCAGAGCCUCUAGAGAAGAAAGGAAAAUAUGAGGGACCAAAAGCAAAGCCUUUAAAUACUUCAUCUAAAAAAUGGGGUUCUUUUUUUAUUGAUUCAGUUUGGGGACUGGAAAACACAGAAGACUCCUUGGUUUAUACAUGGUCUUGUAAGAGAAUCAGUACUUACAGCACGAUUGCAAUUCCAAGUAUUGAAGCAAUUGCAGAAUUACCUCUGGACUACAAAUUUACAAGAUUCUCUUCAAGCAAUUCAAAAACAGCUGGCUACUAUCCAAAUCCUCCACUGGUCUUAACAAGCGAUGAGACACUGAUAUCCAAAUAAGUUGUCUUUAUUGGAAAAUGAAGUGAAGACCCAUAUAAGCAGUAAAAAAAAAAAAAAAAAAAAGUCAAAAAAUACUGUAAAAGACUUUAAGGAACGAGUUUUAUUGACCAAGAAGUUGAUAUUUGCCCAUAGGUCUCCUUUCUAUAAAUCAUCUUGAUGUUUAACAACUCUUAUUAUAUUAAAAUCUUAGUAUCCUAAAACUUAGAACCUUAUUGAUAUUUUCUAUACAAUAGUUUUGUGAUUAGAAUUCACCUGGGGACACACACUCCCACACACAGUCACUCCUACACAUAUGCCUAGUUCAGUGGUUCUCAAAGUGUGAUCCAUAGACUAAUAGCAGAGCAUUACCUGAGAACUUGAUAAUGCACAUUGUAGGCCCCACCCAAAACCUGUUGAAUCAGAAGCUCUGAGAGUGGGGCCUACCAAUCUGUGGUUUAACAAGCCCAUCAGGUGAUUCUAAUUUACACUACAGUUUGAGACCCACCGACCUAGAACAUAUCCUCCAGAGACUUGGCUUAAUUGGUCUGACUAAAUAUAGCUGAGCAUUGUUACUUUUUAUAUGCCCUAGGACUUCCAAAAUCACCCUAUCCAACAAAAUCUUAUUCCUCAGUAUUAAUUUCUCUCAUUGGGAAGAAAUUUGUAGUUGAAACUAUUUAAUUUAAUUUGAAUUUAAUUUCUGUAAUUGGGAAGGAGGGUAAUAAUGAACAAAAAGUUUGAGAAAAAAAUGCUUUAAGGGGUUUUACAGGCAUACUACAGUCCACGACUGUGGUGUUCUAUGUGCUAUGUAUAGUCAUAUUAGUAGCUAUUUGUUGCAAGAUACUUGAAGCCAAAUGUUUGCAGUAUAGGUUCCUGGCUACUCUUUAAGCUGUGAUUUCACUCUGUCUAUCAUGGGCAGUAUUAGAAAACAUACUGGUUUUCACUAUCUGGUUUUCAAACACUAUCAUUAUUUUACCUGGAUUGUAGUGGAGAAUUGAGCAUAUCAAUGCAUGCAUUGGAAAGAAAAAAAUUUUGUUAAAAUUUGGAAAUGUUCAGCUAAAUCCCAGAUAUACUGUGGGAUGAGUUAUCUCAGGGUAGGUAAAAAAAAAAAAAAAAAUUACUAAAAUUUUUCCCUCACAGUCAGUAGCUUUCUUUGAUAUUUAACAAUAAGUAUAUAGUGAUAUACUUGAAGUUUAUGUCCAGAAUGUCAUUGGAAUAUUACAAUGAGCAUAAGUAAGCUUAGGACUACAUGAAAGAUGCUAUCUCGUGUAUGCUUUAAAUAGAAAAUUGAUUUCUUUUAAAAAUAAAGCUAUUUUUCCUUA